AUGGAUGGGUGCUUCUUAAAGGGCCCUUACGGUGGACAGCUUUUGACAGCCGUCGGCAUGGAUGCGAAUAAUAAAAUGUAUCCUUUGGCAAUAGCAGUGGUAGGAGUGGAAAAUUAUGAUAACUGGAGUUGGUUUUUGGGAUUACUUGUCCAGGACUUGAGAAUUUCAAAUUCAAAGAAUUGGUGCAUAAUGACUGAUAAACAAAAGGGAUUGGUCCAAGCAGUUAGAGACAAACUCCCGGAGGCUGAACAUAGGUGUUGUGCUCAACAUUUGUACUCCAACUUCAAACUCAGUCAUAGGGGCUUGGCACUAAAAGAUAGGUUGUGGAGAUGUGCAAGGGCAUCAUAUGUGAACCAGUUCAAACGUGAAAUGGAGUUGCUUAGGCAACAAUCUGAACUUGCACAUCAAUGGCUGGCUGACAAAGACCCUAAAACAUGGUCAAGAUCUCAUUUUAGGGUUGGUUUGGACUGUGACAUUCUGGUUAACAACAUGUGUGAGUCCUUCAAUGCUGUGCUAUUAAAAGCUAGAUCACUGCCCAUAAUAGGCAUGUUGCAGACCAUUUACCUGUAUUUAUUGAGGAGAAUGGAGAUAAAUAGGGAGGCAAUGGCUAAACAUGAAGGUCUCCUUUGUCCGAGAAUUUUUGAGAUACUUGAGAAAGCAAAAAAGGAUCAAUGCAUGUGUAUUGCCUCUUAUGCGGGGACAAACAGGUACCAAGUAUCUUGUCCCUUUGGUGAGCAAUUUGUUGUUGAUAUGGCUGGCAAAACUUGUAGCUGUCGCAAGUGGCAACUGAGAGGAAUUCCUUGUGGUCAUGCUGUUGCAUGCAUUAAUAGAAGGCAUGAGCAACCUGAGCAACAUGUAUCUCACACAUAUUUGAAGACUACUUAUGUGGCAAGUUAUGAUCCCGUACUAAAUCCUAUCAAUGGCCCAAAUUUGUGGGAGCACAUUAAUUUACAACCAAUGAAGCCUCCAAACUUUGGAAGAUCACCUGGUAGACCCAAGAAAAUGAGAAAAAAGGGUCCAGGUGAAGAGGCAAGAACUUCUAAAUCAUGUGUCAAUCCAAAUAAACCUCACAAAGUGAGCAAGGUUGGCACUAAGAUGAGCUGCAGUUUGUGCAAGAAGUAUGGCCACAAUAAGAGAAGCUGCCCAACUAAUAAGAAAUCUGCCAAUGAAACAGGUGCUGCCUAG